AUGGGACAGAUAUUGCGAUCCGAACGACAUUUUAUCCGCUGCCCAGCUCAAUCAACCGACUACAGGUGCUGCGAGAAAUUUCCAACCGUUUGUGGAUUCAAACUUGGCGCCAAUGGUUUAGAUCCCUGUGUCAAUUCAGAGAAAAUGGUGUUAGCUCUGCAGUCCCUCUUAUUUUUGCUGUUAUCCAUAUCCCUCGCGGCUAAAGAGGACUCAUCCGCCGCCAGCCACGAAGUCCCAAUAUUAGCAAAGGAGCUAGGGAGAGCUUCUAAUGAAUCGCUAUUAUGGGGCCCGUAUAGGCCGAAUUUGUAUUUCGGUGUCCGCCCGCGCCUUCCUAAGAGCUUGAUCAUGGGAUUGAUGUGGGCGAACGUGGAUGAAUUUCAAAAUAUACAAGAGAGUAGGUACACCUUUAUUGUUAAGAGGAAUUUGGGAUCGCCCCGAAGCUACUACGUCGUUGUUUUACCUAUAUCAAUUACUUGCGACCUGCUAACUUUUCCUGAAGAGUUUAGACAUACAUGCGAACAAAACGAGGGCAUGGCUGGGUAUGGGUGGGAUGAGUACGAUAUCCGCAAGGGCGGCCGCCAGACGAUCCACGAUACGGGAAACGCCAUAGACCUCACUAUCGACUUUAUAAAGGUGCCGGGCGGAGGUAACGGAGGGAAUUGGGGUGCACGUGUCAAGGGUACUCCUCGCGCGGAUGCUUCUCCUGACCAAGCGACAACGGUUGUCUUCUACGCUGCGAUCGAAGGCUUGGGGACUUUGGAACUCGCCAACGAGGUUGAUGCUCUGGGAUACAAAGAUGAUGUGAAAUUUACGGGAUCUACCGUAGGCCUUGGUGAUUUCACUCUCGACUUAACUCGCGGACCCGAGAGUAAUGCGCACCCUCCCAGGAGACAUGCGGCGUAUGAUGACAAACCAUUGGACAGGACGAUGGUUGCAGGACUUCAGGUGCCCGCAGACGUACUUUGGAACGCAAAAUCGCUUCUUUUUAUGCACAUGAAAGAGGAGAUCGAUGCUACCUUGAAGAAGUACGGAACGGAUAAUCCCCUUCCUCCCGCGCAACUUAUCACAAUUGCGAAUAAGCCCGAUGCUGGGAACAUGUAUUUCGUGCAAAGGGCCUUUGAAGGUUCAUUUGAGUUCGAUAUUCUUUUCUCAUCUGCUUCGUCGCCAGCCCCUAUGACUUCGACGGUACUCACGGAAGAGAUUGAGCCCGCCUCCGCCUCCUUCUCCAAAAAGUUCAAAGAGGUAUUCCCCCCCCUUCCCCCUUUUAACUUACCGAAAUACACCGAGUUUUCGAAAGCCAUGUUUUCGAACUUGGUUGGUGGCGUUGGAUAUUUCUAUGGCGAUUCCGUUGUCGAUCGAUCCAAUUCACCAGAAUACGAAGAAGAAAACGAAUUAUUUUGGGAAGAGACCGAACAAGCACGAGCUCAGGUAAAGCCUAGCGUAGAUGGCCCAUCAGAGCUGUUUACAAGUAUACCGUCUCGGCCAUUCUUCCCGCGUGGCUUCCUCUGGGAUGAAGGAUUCCACUUGAUCCCUGUUAUUGAGUGGGACCUCGACUUGGCGAGCUGGUUCAAUCUUAUGGAUGAUGAUGGAUGGAUUGCACGUGAACAGAUCCUGGGUCCUGAAGCCCGUAGUAAGGUGCCCACUGAGUUCCAGGUUCAGUACCCACAUUAUGCGAAUCCUCCAACAUUAUUUAUGAUCCUUGAGGCAUUCGUGGAGAAAAUCCAAUUGAGCCGGGAACAAGCUGGGGUUCGCGAUGCUCCCUCCGAUAUCCGUUCAGCACAUUUGGAAAACCCGGAUCUUGCUAUUUUGUACCUUCGGUCUGUAUACCCUCUACUUAAACGCCAGUUCUUUUGGUUUAAGAAAACUCAGUGGGGUGACCUCAAAUCGUACGAUCGGGAAGCUUUCUCUUCGAAGGAAGCCUACAGAUGGCGAGGGCGAUCUAUUAAGCACAUUCUAACUUCCGGACUCGACGAUUACCCGAGACCCCAGCCGCCUCAUCCUGGUGAGCUUCAUGUCGAUUUGAUCAGCUGGAUGGGAAUGAUGAGCCGAGCGAUUAGGCGGAUUGCCGAAACCUUAGAAGAAACUGAAGAUGCGAAAGAAUUUGCGGCCUAUGAGACCAGGAUCAUUCGAAAUAUUGACGAUCUACAUUGGGACAAAGAUGCUCAGACUUUUUGCGAUGCUACUGUUGAUGAUUUUGAGGAGCAUGUGCAUGUCUGCCACAAGGGAUAUAUAUCCCUUUUCCCAUUUAUGACGGGUCUGAUGCCUGCGGAUAGUCCGCGGCUUGGGCCUACUUUGGAUCUUAUCCAGGACCCAAAAGAGCUCUGGAGCGAUUACGGUAUUCGUAGUCUGAGCAAAAAGGACGAAUUCUAUGGAACAGACGAAAACUACUGGAGGGGCCCUAUCUGGAUUAACAUCAACUACAUGAUUCUCAAAAAUCUUCUUGAUGUCGCCACGGUGCCUGGACCACAUCAAGAACAAGCACGUAAAAUGUAUACCCAACUCCGUCAGAAUAUUGUUGACAAUGUGUUUAAUCAGUGGAAAGAGACUGGAUUCGCAUGGGAACAAUAUAACCCUGAGACAGGCGCUGGCCAACGAACACAGCAUUUCACGGGGUGGACGAGUUUAGUGGUGAAGAUGAUGGUCAUGCCAGAUUUGAGCGCAGACCACGGAACCCGCCAUGAGGAAUUGUAAGAGUAUCGCCUACAAGGGAUAUUUUCUUAUUUAUACAUAGACAUAUUAGAGUUUUUUGAUUUUUUUCCCUUUUAUUUUCAUUAGCAUGUGGGUUAUAUUUAGGUGUAUUGUAUUGUAGCGGUGAUGUUAAACUUUGCAAAAGGCUCCAUCGCCGGAUUCCCGCC